GCAACAUCGGGGAAACCGCUGACUCAGGUCCCGACUUUCACAAGCCAUUUUCACCCACACCCACACACCCACCGUCAUGUUCGGCCUCGGCCAAUCAAAUCGCCCCAAUCAACGACUCUUUUCCAGCAGCCGUGUCUCGUUCUUCCCGAUCCCGUGGCCGCCAUCCAACGGGCGCCUUUUUUCUUCUUUCCCUGUUCCUGUUUUUUCUUUCUUACUUACCAAACCUUGUGCUUCAAGCCAUGGCCUUGUGAUAGCAGGUCAUUCUUCAUUAUUCGUUAUAUUCUUACCCACCCUCGUUUUUUGUUGUGUCUGUGUGUCUGUCUGUGUGUGCGUCGCAAAAACAAAGGGAACCCCGCUGCCCGCCAUCGCCAUCGUCGCUGCCGCCGCCGCGAGCGAGAAUUGAGCCUCCACUCAACGAACCAAACUAGACCAACCACCCCCGCCAAACCCUCUCCCUAUAACCCUUUCCUCCGUCGACUCUCCUCCGAAUACUUCUCAAUACCGUAUAGACUCGCCCUAUAUCGUAUAAACAGACGACCGCCCACCAUGUCUGUCUCGAGCAUCCUUGCGACCUUCCUCACGGGCUACGCUGCCCUCACCAUCUUCUUCUACGCCCUCUCCAUGGUCGUCCCCAAGGCCGGCUUCGUCGCCCGCGGCCUAGCCUCGUACAUCUCGCUCAUCUUCGCCGCCCUCUACGGCGUCUUCGCCUCCAUCUUCCUCACCCUCAUCGGCAAGCAGGGGAUCGCCCAAUGGGCCGCCGGCCGAUGCUUCCUCUACGCCAUGCUCUUGACCACCGGCGUCGAGUUUGUCAUUGAGGACCCCAACAACAUCCUCGGUACCACGCGCCCCGCCGUCUUUAUCGGAAACCACCAGACCGAGCUCGAUGUUCUCAUGCUGGGUACCAUGUUCCCCAAGUACUGCAGCGUCACGGCAAAGGCCUCGCUCAAAAAGACACCCUUCCUCGGCUGGUUCAUGGCUCUGAGCGGCUCCAUCUUUAUCGACCGCAAGAACACAAAGGAUGCCCGCGAGGCCAUGAAGGGCGCCGCCAAUGAGAUCCAGUCCAAGCGCCAGAGCGUCUACAUGUUCCCCGAGGGCACCCGCAGCUACGCCAAGGAGCCCAUGCUGCUCCCCUUCAAGAAGGGCGCUUUCCACCUGGCUGUCCAGGCUGGUGUCCCCAUUGUCCCCUGCGUUGUCGCAAACUACAGCCAUAUCCUCUUCAUCAAGAGUUUUGUCUUUAAGUCUGGCAAGAUCCCCGUCAAGGUCUUGGAACCCAUUCCUACCAAGGGCUUGGAGACUGCCGACGUUGAUGAGCUCACCCGCACAACGCGCGAGCUCAUGCUCAACGAGCUUGUCUCUCUAACUGCCAAGGCCCGAGGCCAGCCCAUCGCCGUGCCCGCCUCAAACGGAAACUCAACCGGCAAGAGCUCCGGCGUCGAUACCAACGGCGCCGCUCACUAA